AUGCCUUUCGUCAUUGAUCUCAAGGGACAGACCGUCGUCGUUACCGGCGGUAACCGCGGCAUCGGCCUCGCCAUGAGCAAGGCCGUCGCCAACGCCGGUGCCAACGUCGCCAUCUUCUACCGCUCGCACCCCAAGGCGCAGGAGGCGGCCGAGUCGGUGGCCAAGGAGUUCAACGUCAAGUGCAAGGCGUACCAGUGCGACGUCGGUGACGCCGACCUGGUCAAGAAGACGCUCAAGCAGGCGCAGGAGGAGCUGGGCCAGAUUACGGGCCUGCUCGCCAACGCCGGCGUCUCGGUCGUCAAGCCCGCCGUUGAGCUGACGUCGGACGACUUCCGCUACGUCUACGACACCAACGUCCUCGGCGUCUUCAACUCGGCCAAGGCCGUCGCCCAGCUGUGGAUCGAGUCGGGCUACAAGAAGGGCUCGAUUGUCAUUACGUCGUCGAUGAGCUCCGAGAUCUACAACCAGUCGGGCCCCAACCAGGCCCUCACCCAGGUCUUCUACAACUCGUCCAAGGGCGCCGUCACCAACCUGGGCAAGUGCCUCGCCGCCGAGUGGGCCCAGCACGGCAUCCGCGUCAACAUCCUCGAGCCCGGCUUCUGCAACACGGAGCAGACGUCGGGAAUGGACGCCAAGGUGCGCGACUACCAGGCCAGCAGCAUCCCCAUGGGCCGCUUCUCGGAGCCCCACGAGCAGGCCGAGCCCGCCAUCCUGCUGCUCAGCGACAAGUCGUCGUACAUGACGGGAUCCGUCAUCCGCCCCGACGGCGGCUUCACCAUCUGGUAA